GGGGUGUAGAGCUAGGUAAUGAUUUGUCAUCCGGGCAGAUUGGAGUAGUAGUCAAACCUCCCGUGUUAGAAACCCUAGCUGUGAUUGACAGCUGGGUAGCGGGGGCCUUGCCCGCCUGCGCUGACAAAAAUUAUGAGGAUUUGUCAAAGCCUAAUGGAGAUGGAAAUGCCAGAUUAUGCCGAGUCUCUCGACUCCUCGUACACCAUGCUAGAGUUUGAAAAUCUGAGGGUGCUGCCCACCAACUCAUCAGAGGCCCUUGUCUCGGAGACAGGCAACAGUGGCUUACUUGCAAAUGGGAUCAACUCCUUGUGCUCCAUCUGUGGGGACCGGGCCACUGGGAAGCAUUAUGGGGCUUCCAGCUGCGAUGGCUGCAAAGGCUUCUUCAGGAGGAGCGUCCGGAAGAAUCACAUGUAUUCCUGCAGGUUCAGUCGACAGUGUGUGAUCGACAAAGACAAGAGAAAUCAGUGUCGAUAUUGCCGCCUGAAAAAAUGUUUCCGAGCAGGAAUGAAAAAAGAAGCUGUCCAGAAUGAACGGGACAGGAUCAGCAUCCGGAGAAGCAGUUAUGAAGACAAUGGGGCAUUGUCCAUCACCAUCUUAACCCAGGCAGAAGCAAUGGCACAGCAGUAUUCAGCUCUCCGUCCCGUGCACAGCGCAGAGCUCGCCAUGAAGAAAAUCGCCACCAUCAACGACGUGUGUGAGUCUAUGAAGCAGCAGCUUCUGGUUCUCGUGGAGUGGGCAAAAUGCAUCCCCGUGUUCUGCGAGCUUCCUCUGGAUGACCAGGUUGCAUUGCUCAGAGCUCACGCGGGGGAGAACCUCUUGCUGGGAGUUGCAAAGCGCUCCAUUCCAUACACAAAUUUUCUCUUAUUAGGCAAUGACUUCAUCAUCCCCAUGCAGUGUCCCGAGCUUGAAAUUGCUCGAGUGGCAAUCAGGAUUCUGGAUGAGCUGGUGAAGCCCUUACGGGAAAUUCAGAUCGACGAGAACGAAUAUGCCUGUCUUAAAGCCAUCGUCUUUUUUGAUCCAGAUUGCAAAGGGCUGAGCGAUCCAGGGAAAGUCAAGAACAUGCGUUUCCAGGUGCAAGUGAACCUGGAGGAUUACAUCAACGACCGGCAGUACGAUUCCCGGGGAAGGUUCAGCGACAUCCUCCUCCUGCUCCCUCCGCUGCAAAGCAUCACUUGGCAGAUGAUCGAGCAAGUGCAGUUCAUCAAACUCUUCGGCAUGGCCAGGAUUGACAGCUUGCUGCAAGAAAUGCUCCUUGGAGGAACAAGCAUGGAUAUGCCCCAAUACCAGCCAGGCCCUUCCAGCCAUAACAUGGAACAUCUUCCAAGUCACAUCGUGCUGCCUAGCACAAUUGGCUCAGUCAUUCACACCAUCUCAGUCUCUUCACCAGAAACUUCGCUCCCUUCUCCUUCCACCAGCACAGGAAGUGAAGACUACAAACUGGGUCCCACCUCCGGAUCUGAAAUCCAAACAACCCUUUUGCCCCAGGUGGUCAUCCCCAAACAAGAGAUCCUCUAGGAAAUCCACUCUUUAUUUUUUUGUAGUUGCCCCUUUUCGAAUUCAACAAGCUUUGCUCCCAUGAUGGUAGUCAACGUCGCUAGGUUUCUCGCCCAUUAAAAUACACCUUGUAUGUCGCUUGGGUCCUUUCCAAGAUCCCGCAA